CUCCUCCCGCUGGGUGCUCCGGGGACACGCUCGUUCUCGCGGACGCUGCCACCCGCCCAAGGAACCAUUCCUGCUCUCUUGCCAUCAGCCCGCGGAGGAAGCGGGGAAGAGUCAUGCCCAUCUACCAGGCGUCUGGGCGGCUGCUUUCGUCUGGUCUCCUCCAGCUCUCCUGGAGCGUCAGCAAAGCUUGCAGGUAAGCUGCUGGAGUCGCGGCAGGUUAAAAGGAGAAAGAAAAAGGAGGAGAGGGCGAAAUCCAGGCAGAUCUGGCCGGUAGUGGUCAUUGUUUUUGCGGGGUGAUGUAACCCCCUAGUGCUUCUGUCUAGAAAAAGGAAUCUCGGAGAGCCCUGCGUUGGGAAUGGUGUUGCAGCCCAAAGAGCCCAGCGCCUUUAAAAGGACCGAACGGAUUGAUUGACAAGCAAAGGCUAUUGCGGACUUCAUCACAUGCGCGUAGAACUCUUCCGGCGCUCGGUGGUAGGCUGCUCUCAUUCAGGCUCUGUUGUUUGUCUUUUAAGGGACCACUGAGUUGACUCGGAGUUGCUUUGCUGGUGAAUUGUAACUGCUUAUAAGUCAUACAUGCAGAUAGAACUGCAGCUGGUGAACUUUAUUGCCGGCUAUCCUCAAGACAUAAAGGAGCUCUGGGGGAAAAAAUAUGAUUUACCUUAAAAACCAUUGUAAACAGUUAAAGUCGUUGGUAGGAUUUGAAUAGCACUUGUAGUUUAAUGAUUAAUUUUUGAUAUAAUGGAGAUGUACAAGAUUUGGAAUAUUAUAAAAGAUGCAGGAGGAAAUGGUUAAUAAUAGUACCCACAAAGGGGAGGGGAGGAGUCCACGAGAUUCUUUGACAUCUUGUUUUUAUGUUAUAUGUUGUAUGUUUGUGAUUAUAAAAUUUUAAUUUGAAAAACCAAAUAGUUUCAUAUAAAAAUUAAUAAAUAAAGGAGCUCUUGGGGAAAUAAUAAUAAUAAUUCCAAUUUUACAAUUCUAUGACUAUUAUUGAUGAGGGCAGAUUUAUAUAUUGUAUAUAGAUCUGAAUCUUGUGUCUUGACUCUAUGUCGGUCAGCAUGGGAAUGAAUGCUGAGCUAGAAACAUGUUGGGUUUUAAAAAAUAAACAAAAAAACCCAUUCAUCGAUUAAUAAGAAAAGGAACUAUGAAAAUUGGCAAAGAGGAGAGAAAAUGCAGAUGAAAUUAUCAUGAAGCAGCACUGGAUUUGGGGUGGUGAAGUCUGUUCCCCUGCGCAGGGCACCAAACCAAGGGGGCACAAAAUAUUAUUAUUAUUAUUGAGAAGAUCCAUGCAAAAGCAACUGUAUCAAAAGGAAUUAUUGUGAAAAUAAGAAAUUUCGAGGGCAUGGCAUGGGGCACCAAAUUAUUACCUACCUCAGGGCAUCAUAUCACCAAAGCCUGGCCCAGAAGUGUGGGAGAAGUUUGGUUGCUCCCACCAUACAUUCAGAGUGGCUGAGGGUGCUUUGUAAGUGUCCUUUCUUCAAACCAUCUGCCGGCAGCCUUCCCAGGUGCUCUGUCCUUCUUGAAAACUCAAUGACGUCUCUUUCCUGUAAAUCACAAAAAGCUGGGGUUUGUUUGUGUGUAAACGAACUGCCUAAUAUGUACCUGACAGCUGUUUAUUGCUAUAUUUUUUUUGAAACUGAGGCCUUUUACCUUUAAUGACAUGUAAAGGCAAACAUAUAGACUUCCUUUAAAAGCAAAAGUGGGCACACCAGUUUCAGAUGCCCGGUAGGCAGUCCCUUCAGAUGCCCUUCAUUUAAAGUUUAGGGGGGAAUUCCAUGAGGUUGUUCCUUUCCCAUGGGACUUUUUUAGGGAUUAGGAAAUGUGGGCAGCUGGAUAAGUUGCAGAAUGCUGGGGAAAUGUUUAAUGGAAAUUGGGGACUAUAGGCACAUCAUAAUCACUGCACCAUGAUAGGUAAUCUCAACUCCACACCCACCCAGACUUAGGGGAAUUCUGAAGCACCUUGUGAAUGAGACAGCAAAAUGGAAGGGGAAGGAAACUUUUGAGAAAUUGAAGGCAUGUUUCCAGCACAGAGCCCCCAGGUCUGAACAGAAGGUAAUACAGUAGUACCUUGGGUUACAUAUGCUUCAGGUUACAGACGCUUCAGAUUACAGACUCCGCUAAUCCAGAAAUAGUACCUCGGGUAAAGAACUUUGCUUCAGGAUGAGAACAGAAAUCAUGCUCCGGUGGCACAGCAGCAGCUGGAGGCCCCAUUAGCUAAAAUGGUGCUUCAGGUUAAGAACAGUUUCAGGUUAAGAAGGGACCUCCGGAACAAAUUAAGAACUUAACACGAGGUACCACUGUACCUGGUGUGUCACAAAAGCUCUGUCUGUAGGUUUGGCCUCCAGGCAUUCAAGCCUUAGUGCUUUCAUGCCAUCCUAGAUUACAUAAGAAGAGCCUACUGAAUCAGACGAAAGGCCCAUCUAGUCCUGCAUCCUGUUGUAACAGUGGCCAAUCAGAUGCCUCUGAGAUGCCUACAAGAAGGACCCAACUUUAGUCUGCCAUUAACCAGCCCCCACCCACCCACCUUCUUACUUACAGGGGUUAUUCAUGGCUGUUGGCUUCCUCCGCCUUAGGCUCAGCUUUGUCCUUGUAGAAGUCAUCAGAGAGGAGGAUGGGGACAAACCUAGCAUUUGUUGACUCGGUCUGCUGUUGGCUCUGGUUCUGCUUAUAACUUGCCUCCUUUCCUACCACCCUCAAUGGGCACCAGCCAUCAAUAGCCUUGUCCUCCAUGUCUAAUCCUCUUUUAAAUCCAUCCAGGUUGGAUGUCACAUGCGUGUGUGAACUUGCUUUGUUUGUCGUUCUUUGGGUUUGUUGUCUUGCACCUCUGACCCUCAGGUUUCACAAGGAGGCUUCUGGCAAUGUGUGCAAACAUCACAGCACCCGUAUUUGCCAAGAGGUUGAGGGUUUAUUCUUGAGGCUCAGUUGACGCACUCCUAGAAACUAGAAUUUUAAAACAGAUUCAAGUGAAGGCUAAUGUGCCAGUCCAUCUUUGACUUAUGGCAUUGUUGCUAUGAUGCACUGUUGCAUCAUCAGGAAUAUUAAUGAGUUGCAAACAGCAAUGGCAAACAGCAGUAGCAAAGGACAACUGACUGCAAACAUAAGUGUGGUGGCCAGUGGUGACUGGCACCCUUUGGGUUGAGUGGAACGUAGGGACAUCAACAGUCCGCACAGCCACAGCCAAUGACAGACAGAGCCAACUAAUUCUACUUUUGUCUCCAUCCUCCUGCCUGUUUGGAGUUCUACAAGGGCAACAUUAAGACUAAGGAGAAGGUUAUUUAUGUAAGCCACUGCUGCGGCCUGUCUUUUGUUAGCCCAAAAAUGGAAAAUGAGCGAGGUCCCAACCAAAAAAGAAUGGCAACUUUAGCUGACAGAAUAUGCGCAGUUUGCAGACUUAACAUAUAGAAUAAGAGAACAAGAAGAACAUACGUUUAGAGAAGACUGGCAAAUGUUUAUUGAACACAUGGGGGGAUAUUGUUUAUUGAACACAUGGGGGGGAAAUGUUGGCAGCAUUAAGAUAAAUUCAGCAGUGUAAACAAGAUUUGACGGAUGUAAUAAUGGAAAACUGAAAGGCAGUGGCGGAGCUUCAUGCUGUGGCACCGGGGGGUGGAGAGCAGGUGGGGGCGUGGCUCCCCCCGCGUCCCUCUUCCUCCACCAGUGCUGAAUGAUAUAGUUUUUGUAAAAUAUGCAGGGAUUUAUGAUAUGCAAAAUGAACCAUGGAAAGAGAAGAAGGGAAGUCAUUGAUAUUUUAAGGAUGUUUAAAUGAGUAUUUUAAAUUGUAAAACAGAAAAUGUAAUAGUGUGUGUGUGUGUGUGUGUGUGUGUGUGUAGACAAAGGAGGAGGAAGUAUACAGGCAAUGCCACCUGCUGUAAGAAGAUAGGCUGGUAGGAACUGGCUGAAGGGAAACUGAAGUUGGUGGGGCAAUAUCCCAUUUAUUUUAAUGGACCAGCUUCCACUGGCUACGGUAGUGUGGCAUGCUUUACUGUGUCAUGAGCCGCAGGCAGAGGGCCUUCUCGGUGGUGGCGCCCACUCUGUGGAACACCCUCCCAUCAGAUGUUAAGGAAAUAAACAGCUACCUGAUUUUUAGAAGACAUCUGAAGGCAACCCUGUUUAGGGAAGUUUUUAAUGUUUGAUGUUUUAUUCUGUUUUUAAUCUGUUGGGAGCUGCCCAGAGUGGCUGGGGAAACCCAGUGGGAUGGGUGGGGUAUAAAUAAUAUAUUAUUAUUAUUAUUAUUAUUAUUAUUAUUAUUAUUAUUCACAGUCGCAUCCUUUAACAGAUAUGCUUAACCGCCACAGCACAAAUGGGGUACAUCGUAGAAUUCCAUUACAAAGGAGACUCAUUUUUUUCCCAUUUCCUCCUUCUGUCCAGAGAACCACCUCUAUGAGAAUAUCCUUCCUUCGGUUGAUUGAGAAUGUUGGCUGACAAAAGGCUCGAAAACCUACAGAUCUACAAAGUUCUCCAGUGCGUUCGCCAGAAGGACAAGAAACAGAUUGAGAAGCUCACCAAACUCGGCUACCCGGAACUCAUCAAUUUCACCGAGCCAGUCGAUGGAGAGGCUGCUCUUCACUUAGCCUGUGUUGCCAACGACAUUGACAUGUGCAACUUUCUCUUGGAGCUCGGAGCUCAUCCGGAUGUCCAGGACCGGAUGGGCCGCACCCCCGUGAUGAAAGCCGCUGAGCUGGGCCAUGACUUGGCCUUGGAUGUAUUAGUCCAGGCCGAGGCAGACAUGACCAUCGUUGAUGUUGAAGGAAAAGGUAAAGAGAACCAGGUGUUGGCAAGGGAGGUGGGGAUUUCUCUUGUAGCUCAAGAAGUUCAAUCCACAUUGGGGCACAUUUCAAAGUGCUGACUUUCACCUUUAAAGCUCUAAAUCAUGAUUAUUUAGUCAAAUUUGUUAAGUUAAACUAACUGAAAAUAGCUUGCAGAUACUUAAUGGGCUUAGGAUUUUAUUUAUGUUAAGUGAUGAAUUAAUAUGUUCACCAUAAGGUGAAGAUCUAAGGAUGUUAAUGUUUAAGUUAAAUUUCAUAAAAAUUGGGAUUUGGAAAACCGGUAAAAGCACAUGCAAUGAAAUUCAACCAAGGGGAAGCGAGGAAGUCACUUAACAAAGUUACCGUAUUUUUCGCUCUAUAACACGCACCCGACCAUAACACGCACGUAGUUUUUAGAGGAGGAAAAUCCGUAGGCAUGCCACCCGUAGGCAUUCCCUCCAUAACACGCACAGACAUUUCCCCUUACUUUCUAGGAGGAAAAAAGUGAGUGUUAUGGUGCAAAAAAUACGGUAAUAACUGUAAUUUUCAAUAAGGCUAUGAUUUAUGUUUGUCAUGUGUGUGUGUGUGUGUGUGUGUGUGUGUUUGUUUAUAAUAUUGUGAAAACUAAUAUUUUUUGGGGAAAAAUAAAUAAAUUAAAGCUCUAAACCAUGGGUAGGCGAACUAAGGCCCAGGGGCCGGAUCCGGUCCAAUCACCUUCUAAAUCCAGCCCGCAGAUGGUCCAGGAAACAGAAUAUUUUUACAUGAGUAGAACAUGUCCUUUUAUUUAAAAUGCAUCUCUGGGUUAUUUGUGGGGCCUGCCUGGUGUUUUUACAUGAGUAGAAUGUGUGCUUUUAUUUAAAAUGCAUCUCUGGGUUAUUUGUGGGGCAUAGGAAUUCGUUCAUUAUUAUUUUUUCAAAAUGUAGUCCGGCCCCCCACAAGGUCUGAGGGACAGUGGACCGGCCCCCUGCUGAAAAAGUUUGCUGACCCCUGCUCUAAACAGCUUGGGGCCAGGUUACUUGAAGGAUGAUCUCUUCCCAUGCGUACUUGCCCAGGCCCUGAAAUCUUCAUCUGAGUUCCUUUCCCAGGUUCCCUUAGCUAAUGAAGUGAGUCAGGUGUCUGCUAGGAAAAGACACUUGCAUUACUUUCUAAAAAGAACCAGAGUCCUUUCUGCUGGGGAUACUUCAGACUGAAAUCCCCAGGUGUCAGAAAAAGUUAUUUAUGUAUGCGACAACUGCGGCUUGUGUUUUGUUAGCCCCAAAAUGGAAAAUGAGUGAGGUCCCAACCAAAGAAGAUUGACAACUUAGGUUGACAGAAUAUGCACAACUUGCAGACUUAACAUAUAGAAUAAGAGAACAAGAAGCACAUACCGGUAUGUUUAGAGAAGAUUGGAAAAUGUUUAUUGAAUAUAUGGGAAAUGUGUACAGCUGAAAACGCUGGCAGCAUUAAGAUAAAUUCAAAAGUAUCAGUAACUUUUGAUGGAUGUAAUAAUGGAAAACUGAUUGGUAUAGUUUUUUCUAAAACAUGCAAGGAUAUAAGAUAUGUAAAAUGAACCAUGGAAAGAGAAGAAGGGGAGUCAUUGAUAUCUGAAGGAUGUAAAGUGUUUAUUUGAAAUUGUAAAACAGAAAAAUUAAUAAAAAUCAUAUUAUUUUUUUAAAAAGGAAAAGAUCAGUAGUGACACCCAUCCACCACCGGUUGAUAGAAUUAGGUUGUGAAUCAUCCUGAUAUCUAUAGACAAAGGGCAGUCUAUAAAUUCUAUCAAUAAAUAUUAAAAUACCGUAUUUUUUGCUCUAUAAGACUCACUUUUUCCCUCAUAAAAAGUAAGGGGAAAUGUGUGUGCGUCUUAUGGAGCGAAUGCAGGCUGCGCAGCUAUCCCAGAAGCCAGAACAGCAAGAGGGAUCGCUGCUUUCACUGCGCAGCGAUCCCUCUUGUUGUUCUGGCUUCUGAGAUUCAAAUUUUUUUUUCUUGUUUCCCUCCUCCGAAAACUAGGUGCGUCUUAUGGUCUGGUGCAUCUUAUAGAGCGAAAAAUACGGUAGCUAGAAUGUCAUUCCCAAAGAUGCUCACCUGGUACCCACAUUAUGGUCUUUAGAUACCUGCUGAAGAUCAUUUUGAUUUCCCUGGCCUUCAUAUUAAUUAUCAUGGGUACAAAUAUCCAGUGUAUUUUUUCUUAAAAAAAAAGGUUAGGGGUACUCUGAUUUUCCUACUCCUAUUGAAAUACUGCCCCUCAAUGAGGCCAAUCUUAGGUUCACAAAAUGUUUCGAGGUAUGCGUACCCCUGCAUCCCCCAGGAAAAAAAGCACUGCAAAUAUCUGGUGCAUUAGUUCUUUUCUCCAUUUUCCCCCCUUUGCUAGUUUCGUAUUGGUUUCCUCAUUGUUUCAACUGAUGUGCCUAUGCUGGUUUUAGGAAUGUAUAUUUUGGUGUUCUGAUUUUAACUAAUCGGUUUGAGUCUUUAUUUUGGUUUGGAUUGGAUUGCUAUAUUUUAAUGCCUCUGCAACCCUCCCCGAGCACUUAGUUAUAUGGGCAGUACGCAAGGGCAAUAAGCAGAUUAUUUUACUACUUGGCAUUUAGUGGUUGGUCUCUCUUUUCAGGAUCACGGCUGUUUCCCUGUUAAGCCACUCUGCAACUAUUCUUCACACAGGUGUUCUGUUUUACUGCAUUCUGCCCACCAAACGGCACUUCCGCUGUGUUCAGAUGGUCCUGGAAUAUGGGGCGGAUGUUAACAACUGCACUUUUGAGGGGAAGCCAGUUUUCGUACAAGCCUGUGAGCAGGCGCAUGAGAUCAGAGACAUGUGCAUGACAUUUUUGGAGAGAGGAGCAGACCCUAAUGCAACAAACCCAGUAAGAAUGUUCUUAGCCAUUCUAAGAGUGGGGAGCGGAAUGCCGACAGGUGUAAGCGUAAUAAUAAUUAGGGCUGCAGUGGCUAAUUGGUUAAAUUAAUCAACCAUAAAAAUGUUUUAAGAAUAUUUAUUAUCCUGAUCAGCCAGGCAGCAGAUCAUAUAUAGAUAUAGUGGUACUUCGGGUUACAGACGCUUCAGGUUACAUACGCUUCAGGUUACAGACUCCGCUAACCCAGAAAUAGUACCUCGGGUUAAGUACUUUGCUUCAGGAUGAGAACAGAAAUUGUGCAGCAGUGGUGCAGCGGCAGUGGGAGGCCCCAUUAGCUAAAGUGGUACCUCAGGUUAAGAACAGUUUCAGGUUAAGAAUGGAUCUCCAGAACGAAUUAAGUUCUUAAUCCGAGGUACCACUGUAUACAUAUAUAGAUAUAUAUAACACAUACAGUGGUACCUCGGUUCUCGAAUGUCUCUGUUGUCGAACAUUUCAGAACCCGGGCACCGAAAACCAGGAAAUAAAUGCUUCCAUUUUCAAACGUGCCUCGGAAGUUGAACGACUUCCGCUGUGUGUUUUUCAAUUUUUCAAAUUUCUCAAUUGCAUUUGCAGCCAGUCCUUUGUGCCUCGGUUUCCGAACGUUUCGGAACUCGGGACGGUCUUCCGGAAUGGAUUACGUUCGAGAACCGAGGUACUGCUGUAAUUUGAAAAACUGCAGAUGGUAUAAUAAUAAUAAUAAUAAUAAUAAUAAUAAUUUAUUAUUUAUACCCGCCCAUCUGGCUGAGUUUCCCCAGCCACUCUGGGCUGCUUCCAAUCGAGUGUUAAAAACAAUACAGCAUGGUAAAGAAGCUCAUAAAAAUAAAUUCACACUAAAAUACUGGUGAAUUUCCAGGAAGCCUUUUUAUGUAUGGAUAUUAAGAAAUUGCAAACUGAUGUGGACAUUUGGAGAUGAUUGAGGAAAUGAGAAAAGUGGAGAAAUGUCAGAUUCAUCUAUUGCUCCUCCUGGCAUUAUCAAGACACACUAAUACACAUGUAAAUUCAAGAUAGGGAGCAGGCCACAGAAAUAUCUCAUGUUUUCUGCUAGGAUCGUGAUCUUUUUCAGAGAGGCCUGCUUUGUACCUGAAGAACAAUGGCUCCCAUUGUACACACUGUCCCCUUUUUUCUCAGGUAGCGGAGAGGGCAGCAAGGAGCUUCUUAGCAGCCCUAACCCCUGUUCAUGGCUUGCAUUCUUUAUAGAAUAAGGCAUUUCCUCUGUCCCCCCCCCCCAUUUUUUGCAAUAUAGUAAAUGAGCAAAUUAUGUUAAAAAAAAUUUUUCUCUCUCUCUCUCUCUCCUGUCCCUCUCUUUCUCCCUUUCUCUGAUCUGCAGGCGACCGGCCGCACAGCCCUGAUGGAAGCAGCCAGAGAAGGGGUUUUGGAUGUGGUCCGCGGUAUUCUUGAGAGAGGUGGAAAUGUUAAUGUUUUUGACAAUGAAAGACACCAUGCCGCACAUUUUGCAGCCAAAGGAGGGUUUUUUGAGGUAUUCUUUGUUGGUGGUGUCAGAAACAAAGGUACCCAGCCCAAGGAACUCUCUCAGUUAAUUACCGUAGUUUUCGCUCCAUAACACACGUUUUUUUCCUCCUAGAAAGUAAGGGGAAAUGUCUGUGUGUGUUACGGAGCAAAUGCUUCCCUCCUCCGUGGUUUCCAGCGGGAGAGUCCGGUUGGCUCCUUUAAAGCAAAAAGCAAGCAGGCUCUCUGUAUCUCUCUCCUCCCGCUUUGCUUUUCAGCUCGCUAAGGGCGGGGGGGGGGGAGGAGGAGGGAGAGAAGCAGAACCUGCUUGCUUUAGGCUCCUUUAAAGCAAGCAGGCUCUCUGUCCCUCCAGCAAAGGUUUUCAGCUCGCUGGGGGGGGGGGGGAGGGAGAGAAGCAGAGCCUGCUCCACGCGUGCUUCUUGUCCCUUGAGUGCUUUUCUUUCCCUCCCCACUUAAAACGUGGUUACAAAGCACAGAUCCACAUGGAUCCUCAGGAUUUUUGCACUGGGUCACCCCAAAUUCACCAUCACAUCGCAUAGCAUGUCCAUGGCUACAGUUUGCACCAAAAAAACCACGCACCCACUGUUGCCUGGGGCUGCAGUGGUGCAAAAACGUGGUACAAACAUGGAUCCCCAUGGAUCCUCAGGAUUUUUGCACUGGGUCACCCCACAUUCACCAUCACAUCACAUAGCAUGUCCAUGGCUACAGUUUGCACCAAAAAAAUCACGCACCCACUGUUGCCUGGGGCUGCAGUGGUGCAAAAACGUGGUAGAAACAUGGAUCCACAUGGAUCCUCAGGAUUUCUGCAUUGGGCUACCCCAAACUCACCGUCAGAUCACAUGUCUGUGGCCACAGCAUGAACCACAAAAAUCAUACAUCCACUGUUUCGUUUAGAAUAUUUUUUUUCUUAUUUUCCUCCUCUAAAAACUACAUGCGUGUUAUGGUUGGGUGCGUGUUAUCGAGCGAAAAAUACGGUACUAAUAAUCAGGCUUGGCUAACAGAGGGGAUCCCAGAAAAUCCAAUUUCGCUUUUUCCCAAAGCACACUUUUCAGAAUGUUUAGCUUGACCUGAAUAGAAAGAAACAUGGAGUUACUAUAGUCGUGUGCUAUGACAAGAGGGAUGCGGGUGGCGCUGUGGUCUAAAACGCUGAGCUUCUUGGGCUUGCUGAUCAGAAGGUCAGCGGUUCAAAUCCCCACAACGGGGUGAGCUCCCGUUGCUCUGCCCCAAAUCCUGCCAACCUAGCAGUUCGAAAGCACGCCAGUGCAAGUAGAUAAAUAGGUACCACUGCGGCCGGAAGGUAAAAGGUGUUUCCGUGCACUCUGGUUUCCGUCACAGUGUUCCGUUGUGCCAGAAGCAGUUUAGUCAUGACCCAGAAAGCUGUCUGUGGACAAACACCAGCUUCCUUGGCCUGAAAGCGAGAUGAGCACCACAACCCCAUAGUCACCUUUGACUGCACUUAACCGUCCAGGGGUCCUUUACCUUUACCUUUUUUGUGUGCUGUGUGUGAUAACUUGGGGUUUUCCCUACUCCCCUGCACAACCUGAGGGUCAUUGUCCUGAAGGAAGAGCCAGUGCUGUCCAGCACCACUCAGCCUUUGCCUCCUUCAGGGAGGGAGAAUCUUGAAGAUCUGGAGAGCAGUGAGGAGUCGUGAUGAUGGUUUUGAAAGUGGCAGAUAGCUAGUUAAAGAGUCAGAACGAUGAUCCCUUUGGGUAAUAAAGGUAAAGGGACCCCUGACCAUUAGGUCCAGUUGCGACCAACUCUGGGGUUGCGGCGCUCAUCUCGCUUUAUUGGCCGAGGGAGCCAGCGUACAGCUUCCGGGUCAUGUGGCCAGCAUGACUAAGCCGCUUCUGACGAACCAGAGCAGCGCACAGAAACACCGUUUACCUUCCCACCAGAGUGGUACCUAUUUAUCUACUUGCACUUUCACAUGCUUUUGAAUUGCUAGGUUGGCAGGAGCAGGGACCGAGCAACGGGAGCUCACCCCGUCACGGGGAUUUGAACCACUGACCUUCUGAUCAGCAAGUCCUAGGCUCUGUGGUUUAACCCACAGCACCACCCGCGUCCCUUUGGGUAAUACUACAUUUUAUAUUCAAUAUUUCUUUGUGUGGUUUUUAAAAAAUAGCGCCUGCAAAGGGCCCAGUCUAGAUUGGGAGUGGUUUUGUGCAAUACCAUAAAAAAAUGGAGCCCACCCUCAAAUUUACUAUUUGCCCAAGAGGUGAAGUUGCAUAGUAGCAACUUUUGUCUCAAGGCAAUUGCCAAUUUCAACUGGGAGAAGGGAUUUAUUUUGGAAGUCACUGCAGCAAUGAUGGGAGGAGGAUUAAACUCCUUCUCCCUGUUCCUCAAUUCUGUUGUGGAUCACGGCUCCCCACGCAGGGCUCUUAUGGGAUAGCGGUGGGCUUUGGCCAUCUUUGGUUGUGAGGCUGAAAUUUAGCACCCCCAAAGGAAUCUUCUCAGUGAUGGAUCUUCUCAAUUUUGUACCCCCUCGGCUUGGCGCCCUGUGCGGGGAAGCCAACUUCGCUGCUCUAAAUUGGGCACUGUUUUGAAACACCCACACAAAUGCAGAGGCACAUUUCACGUGAUAUGGAGUUUGGCCCUUGUCAGAAGGAGAAAAAGGCUUAUUUUAAAGCACAGGUGGGCGACCUUCGGCUCUCCAGACCAUAGCUGACAACUUUUCCCUUUUCUUGCGAGGAAUCCUAUUCGGAAUAAGGGCAUUUCCCUUUAAAAAAGGGAAACGUUGACAGCUAUGCUCCAGACGUUGCUGGACUCCAACUCCCAUCAGCCCCAGUGAGCAUGGUGCCGUGGUCAGGAAAUAUGGGUUUUGUAGUCUCGCAAAUUUUGAAAGGCUGCAGGUGCCCCAGCCCUUGCCUUAAGUGGAGGUAUUUCUGUGCAGGAAUUUUGCCCUCUCACCAUUACAAGUAUUAAUUAGGCCAUGGGUAGGCAAACUAAGGCCCGGGGGCCACAUCCGGUCCAAUCGCCUUCUAAAUCCAGCCCGUGGACAGUCCAGGAAUCAGUGUCUUUUUGCAUUAGUAGAACGUGUCCUUUUAUUUAAAAUGCAUCUCUGGGUUAUUUGUGGGGCAUAGGAAUUCGUUCAUUUCCCCCCCAAAAAUAUAGUCCAGCCCCCACAAGGUCUGAGGGACAGUGGACCGGCCCCCUGCUGAAAAAGUUUGCUGACCCCUGAAUUAGGCCUUUCUCUGGCGCCCCAGCUUAUAUAGUUACAGCUUUUCAGACUGUUUAAAUGGCAUCCAUUUGCUGCAAUUUUGCUGAGAAGAAAACAGGUACAGUACAUUUGGUUAAAGUAUGUCUGUCUUGGUUUAAUGGUGUUGACUUUGCUUCGCAGAUCCUGAAGCUUAUUUCCGCCUACAAUGGAGAUGUGGGUUUGAUAGCCAUGAAUGGAAACACGCCGCUGCAUUACGCUGCUGCUGGGGGUUAUGCAGAGUGUUGCAGAUUUAUAGGUCAAAGAGGUAAAGGAUGGUUGUCUGAGAAUGAAGCGCUCCCCCCAACCCCGGGAUAAACUCAGGGGUUCAGUCACCUGAUUCAGUGAACGAGAAUCCACUGCACUCAAGCAGGAACAGAACAAUCUCAUUUUGGUGCCUGUAAUAUACUACAUCAGGGUGGUCCAACCCACAGCUGUGGCCCUCGAUGCCUUGUCUGGCGGCCUUCAGCAACAUUCAGGAAAAUGACAUCUUAAAGCCUUAAGCAAUUUUUGCGUGAAAUCUUGUUAGAAAAAGCACCCACGUCUGUUUGCGUAUGAAAUUGGUUUACUGGUUGCAUGCAUUGAAUCUGUUAAAUACACAAUAUGUAUUUAAUCAAAUAUAUUAACUGUGUAUAUUAAAUAAUAUCAAAUAUAUUGUGAAUGCUUUAUUAUAUGGACAUUUAAUUUGUGGGGUUGCCUGUGGAUUGUUUGCACAUCCACAGAGGUGAGCAGGUUGUGUGCUGGUGUGUGGUGCUUGUGUCCAAGCAAGGGAGUGUGUGAAAGAAUGUAGGAUUGCCACACCCACCUUUAGCCACACCCACAAACUGCAUGUGGCCCCCCAAGGGUUGAUCAAGGAUGAAUAUGGCCCUCAGGCCAGAAAGGGUUAGCCACCUCUAUUCUGUAAGAAUCUUGAGAACCAUGAAAUGAAUGAGUCAACCAUGGUUUUGAUGAUCCCCAGGUGUUGAGACUUUCUUUUGACUCAUUUUCUAAGAUUUUGGAGCUGUCUUCAUUGGAACUUACACUUUUGCCUUUUAGGCACUGACCCUACAUGGAGGAACCUAGAGAAAAAGACACCGAGGCAGGUGGCUAAAGACGGUGGAUUCAAAGCAGCAAGUAAGGAGAUUCGUAAGAUUGAGCGGCGUUAUGCCAAAUAUUCCAAGCCCAAGCCUGGGGUGAAGAACCCCAACCCGCCCUGGGCUGUUAGGCUACACGACUGGACCGUAGAACACCAGGCAAGUCUUCGCGAAGCAUUUGAGAUCGCAGAUCGAGGGGACGGGGCCGUGAACAAGGAAGAUUUUGUGUCCAUCAUCGAAGAGAGGUGUCCGUUUGUGGAGGCUGAACAAUUAAUGACCAUUGCUCAGGCGCACGAGAAAACGCGAGCAGGAGGGAUUAAGUUCGAGGAGUUUCUUAAGGGCAACCGGUUCUUGCAGAAAGCCUUCCUCCUUACAUCUUAUGGUCCCAAGAAGAAGAAACCCAAGAAAGCGAGAGGCAGGAAAGCCAAGUUUGUCGCCCCUAUGCCAAUCUGCGUCAUUCCAGAGAGUGCGUACCCACGGCGGGCAGAUGGCGGGCCGCCUGAGUACAUGAUUGAAACCUAUAAGAACGUGACGGACUGCAACCGGUUCAAUCGGGACCACCCUCCCGAGCACCCCAUCCAAGAUGAUUCGUGGUGGUACAUUGACGACCCGUUGAAGACUUUUGCCCACAUCAACUACCUCGCUAAAGACGGAGACCUUUCGUCCAUGAAGAAAGCCUUUGAGGCAGGGGUAUCAGUGGACAUACGAGACCAUUUCUACAAAACUCCUCUGAUGGCCGCUUGCGCAAGUGGGAACAUCGAAGUGGUGAAGUUUCUCCUGGAAAGGGGGUGGGUUUACUUCCUCUGGUGGCUUACUGGGCUGGUGGGCAUAGGAGGCAACCCUGUAGACACAAGUAAUGUGGGAUUUAUGUGGGAAUGUUGAGGAAGGUAGGAGAGGAUGUAUUGAUGAAACAUUAUCCUUCCUCACUCACACCAGUGAGCAAGCAGGAGAGCAUAUUCCCUUGUAGAUAGUUGGAAGCAAGUUGAUGGAUUCAUUAGAAUCAUUUAACUUAAGCAAUCAAGUCUGGCUUGUUCCUGGUAAGUGCCUCCUUUUAUUUCCUUCUUAAAAUAAUAAUAACACAAGACAGUCUUCUUUAAAAGUAAGAGUAAAGUUUUACUUACAUUCAGUUCACAGCAGUAAUCUGAAGGCAGGUUUGAUCUUGGGGUUACAGUUACAUUUGUACAGAAAAGAAGUCUGAGCUACACCUCAGACUUUCUGCCUUGUGGCUUCCACUCUGUAAGGAUGACCCAUGUGUUAGCUAAGAGCCAGGAGAGGAGUUCCAAGAGAGAAGUCUGAAAAGAGAAAAAGGGAAGAUGGCUGUGUGGCUAGCCCUUUCACAGGGUCUGCUAAGCUCAUGCACAUCUACCUGGUCAUACACAAGGGCAGGAGGCUCCAGAGCAGGUAUGGCAGGAAGUCCUCCCUGUCUGGAGCCACAUCCCCUAGGUGUCCGCUCUAGGCAACAGGAAAAUGUUGUACUUGACUGCUUCAGUGAUGAUACAUUUCCCCAUUUAUGAGGGGUGUGUCCAUGCCCUGUGCAGCUGGCCGACAUGGUGUCAUUAGAAAGCAUUCCAGACCCUCCAUGUCCCAGAAUCUGGCGGGCCUUAAAAGUAGAAGAGUGAAGAGCUCAAAGACAGAGGGCUCAUAGCAGCACCUGUAGAAGUGACAAUUGAGGAAGUGGGAGAAACGGAGGGUGGAGAUUCACUUGGGACAAUGCCUUUAUCCAAGAGGCUGGGUUCUAUAGCCUCUCUUUGUAAUAUUGAAAUGAAAAGGGAGGGUAAGAAACUUUUCCUUGUCUUGAUACUUUCCUGGGCAACCAGCCAGGAGCUGCUGACAGCAUCCUGACAGUGGGUGAUGAUGAUGAUGAUGAUGAUGAUGAUGAUGAUAAUAAUAAUAAUAAUAAUAAUAAUAAUAAUAAUAAUUUAUUUAUACCCUGCCCAUCUGGCUGAGUUUCCCCAGCCACUCUGGGCAGCUUCCAAUCGAGUGUUAAAAACAAUACAGCAUUAAAUAUUAAAAACUUCCCUAAACAGGGCUGCCUUCAAAUGUCUUUUAAAGAUAAAAUAGCUGCUUAUUUCCUUCACAUCUGAAGGGAGGGCGUUCCACAGGGCGGGCGCCACUACCAAGAAGUAGUGGGUAGCUUUGGACAGGCCACCAAGUCUUACCCUAUCCGACUUCACAAGUUGGUUGUGAAGGAAGCAACAGAAGGCUGCACCCAAAGGGACGGGCUAGAACAGUAGUCAACUUUUUCAUAUCCUUCCUUCAACCCAAAGAUGCAUUUGGAGACCCAUUUCUUUGUGUGUUCUUUGUGGUAGAGGUGCGGUUGUCUCCCACAUUAGUUCAGGCUGCAGGCCAGUAGUAGUGUGUCCUCACCCAUGAGUUGAAGACAAAUGGCUAUGUCCAGCAUAAGUGACCAUUGUGAUGUGGCAGCCUAGGCAAGUUGUCAUGGAAGAUUGUAUGUUUGACUGGAGGAGCUACGUUUCCAACCAUGGUGGGAGCAAUGGACCAGGACUGAGGAGAGCCACAGCCAGAUCCUUCUUCAGCCAUGGAACUCAUCUGGUGACCUUAGGUCAGUCACCAUCUCUAAGCCUAACUAACCUAACUCUCAGAUUUGUUGCAAGAGUGAAAUGGGGUGGGGGAGAAUGCAAUGCAUGAUAGCCUUAGCCCCUUGGAGGAAAGGCAGUAUAUGACUGUGUACAUAUACCUUGAGGGACGUGGGUGGCGCUGUGGGUUAAACCACAGAGCCUAGGGGUUGCUGAUCAGAAGGUCGGUGGUUUGAAUAUCCGCAAUGGGGUGAGCUCCCGUUGCUCAGUCCCUGCUCCUGCCAACCUAGCAGUUUGAAAGCACGUCAAAGGGCAAGUAGAUAAAUAGGUACCGCUCCAGCGGGAAGGUAAACGGUGUUUCCAUGUGCUGCUCUGGUUCGCCAGAAGCGGCUUAGUCAUGCUGGCCACAUGACCCGGGGAAGCUGUGCGCCAGCUUCCUCGGCCAAUAGAGCGAGAUGAGCGCCGCAACCCCAGAGUCGGCCACUACUGGACCUAAUGGUCAGGGGCCCCUUUACCUUUACCUUUACAUAUACUUUGAAGCACAUUUAAAGCACGUGACUUCUCCAAAGAAUCCUGGGAAAGGUAGUUUGUUAUGGGGUGCUUGGAAUUGUAGCUCUGGGGGGGAGUAAAUUACAGUUUCCAAGGUUCUUCCAGGGAACUCAUGUACUUUAAAUGUACCGUCCGUAUGUGGAUGCUUUGACCUUGUUGGCAAACCGCUUAGAGAUUGGCUUAAAGAAAGGUGUUGCAUCAACUGUUGUCAGGCAGCGAAGGAACCAACCCCCAUGGCUGGUUGCCAGGAAUGGUCAAGACAAGGGAAAAUCCUUAUCAUCUGCUUUUAUUCAAUAUUCACAGAGAGAGGCUUAGAAAUGUGGCCUCUCGGAAUAAUGGUGUUGCUCCGAGUAAAUCUCCACUUCUCUCCCACUUCCUCAAUCAUCAUCCCUUCUAUGGUUGGCGCUGAGGGCCCUUUGCUCUCCUAUUUUUAAGACUCGCUGGGUUCUGGGAGAUGGUGGGUCUGGAAUGCUUUCUAGUGAUAAUGUAUCAGCCAACUGUCAGCUGUGACCUCCCUCAAACCCCUGUUGUAAUUCUGAAUGGUCUUCUUCUUUGAAGGGUCAGGCUGGGGAGGUGGGCUUCACCAUUCCUCCUCUACCCAGUCCCAGACAAUUGUGUACCAUCAUUGUGGUGAUGAAUAAUGGCAGUUGGUCAGGGCCGGAUUUAGGUUUGAUGAGCCCCUAAGCUACUGAAGGUGAUGGGGCCCUUUAUAUGUCCAGCUGUCCUUUGACAGGAACAAACUGUCUCUGUUUUUUGUGUUGAAUAUACCGUAUUUUUCUCUCUAUAAGACACACUAGACCACAAGACGCACCUAGUUUUUGGAGGAGGAAAACAAGAAAAAAUAAAUCUGAAUCUCAGAAGCCAGAACAGCAAGAGGGAUUGCUUCGCAGUGAAAGCAGCAAUCCCUCUUGCUGUUCUGGCUUCUGGGAUAGCUGUGCAGCCUGCAUUCACUCCAUAAGAUGCACACACAUUUCCCCUUACUUUUUAGGAGAGAAAAAGUGAGUCUUAUAGAGCAAAAAAAACGGCAUGCUAUAUGGUAAUUUAUGUACUAAUUACUUAGAUCAUAGGAGCUUAGAGACCACAAAACACUUUUGCUGUAUAUAGGUUUUGUUUUAUUUGGUUUUUAUCUUAUAUUUUGGAAAUGUACAUCCAGGUAUGGUUUUUUCCUUUAAUUUUUUUGGGGGGGGCCCAAGAGAGUGGGGCCCUAAGCUAUAGCUUGUUAGCUUACAUGUCAAUCAGGCACUGCAGUAGUUGUAACAGAAACCGGCAUUGGUGUAUGCAAAUUAGUGGAGAUUCAUUCUCCUUGUCUGCCAUCAUGGGAUUGUUGUCUAUCACAUGGGGGUGUAUGUUUUCAUUCCACAGAAUGGGAAGUGACGGAGACAGGAUGUUUGUGUUACUGUGUUCCAUGAAGUGGGACGAUUGUCCUUUGUUCUUUUUCUCUUUGCUGUCUGAUGCUAGAGAGAGAGGGAGCCAUGUUGCAGUGCUCCGUGUGUGUUUAUAUAUAAAUAAAGUAGAUUAGCCAAAAUGCUGAGUUGCUGAGGUCUGUUACACAAGCUGCACAAACUCUGUGGAUCCCUAAGUGUGCUGAUGUCUGUUGGCAUCGGUCUCUAUGAUGUUCGGGAAGAAGAAAGCUUUUGAAGCUCCCGAACGAUCGACCAGGAGGGAGAGAACAUGCCAGUUGGGCAUGUGUCUCUGCCAGGGUCCUACAUGAGAGUAGGAUGGAUCCUAACACAAAUCAGGUCCCUUCUCAUUGGAAUUCACUGAAAUGAAAUUCCUCAAAUGUCCCUAUGUGACAAAACAGCAUAUUUCUAAUAUAGAGAACAAUUGUUCUUUGCCUGCAGGGCUAAUGUGAACGCAACAGACAAUUUCAUGUGGACUGCUCUCCACCAUGCAUGCCAUGCAGGCCAGCAGGAUAUUGCUGAACUGCUCAUCAAUUCUGGAGCAACAGUAGAUGCUAUUUCAAUCAACUAUGGAACCCCAUUGAUGAGAGGCCUUGAGAGCUGCCGACUGGACACGGUUCAUCAUUUGGUCAACGCCGGUGCUAAGCCUCAGCUGACAAACAGAAAAGGUAAAACCUUUGUGUUACUGCUAAUUGACAGCCAAUGCAACCUUUAAAUUAGCUAUGGUGUUUCAUCAGUAACUUCUGACCUAGACAGGAAUUUGAAUCAUUGCCCCUUUACAUUUUCUUUUUCCUUUUUUAAAAAAAUAACUCUUUCCAGCUUAUGUUGUUGUUUUUGUUUAGUCAUUUAGUCGUGUCCAGUUCUUCAUGACCCCAUGGACCAGAACACGCCAGGCAGUCCUGUCUUCCACUGCCUCCCGCAGUUUGGUCAGACUCAUGCUGGUAGCUUCGAGAACACUGUCCAACCAUCUCGUCCUCUGUCGUCCCCUUCUCCUUGUGCCCUCAGUCUUUCCCAACAUCAGGGUCUUUUCCAGGGAGUCUUCUCUUCUCAUGAGGUGGCCAAAGUAUUGGAGCCUCAGCUUCAAGUUCUGUCCUUCCAGUGAGCAUUCAGGGCUGAUUUCCUUCAGAAUGGAUAGGUUUGAUCUUCUUGCAGUCCAUGGGGCUCCCUGUCUGUGGAAUGCUCUCCCUUGGGAAGUUUGUCUGGCACCCUCAUUAUGCACCUUUAGACACCAGGCAAAAACAUUUCUUUUUAACCUGGCCUUUGAUUCAUCUGAUUAUAUCCUACGCCCUUGUGUGUGGGGGGUUUUUCAGGAGGGGGCUAUUGGGUUGUUGUUUUUAUUUCUAUUAUGUAUUUUGUGGUUUUAUGCCUUGAUUUUAUUCUGUAAACUCAGGCCUCCUCGACCUCAGCCCUCCAGAUGUUUUUGGCCUACAACUCCCAUGAUCCCUAGUUAGCAGGACCAGUGGUCAGGGAUGAUGGGAAUUGUAGUCUCAAAACAUCUGAAGGGCCGAGGUUGAGGAAGCCUGUGUAAACUGCUCUGAGACCCCUGGGUAUAGGGUGGUAUAUAAUGUCAAUCAAUCAAUCAAUCAAUCAAUCAAUCAAUAAGGAAGAGGUAGGCGCCAAUGGCUUCAAAAUCCAUUCAUUUUACAAUGCUUCACCACUGAACUUUAUGCACCCAGGUUAGUUGUAUCUCAGUAGCAUCUUUACCACCCAAAUACUCUGGGCUCCCAUCCCACUCUGUCCCAGUAUUCUUGGUGACAUGGAAUCACUCUGGCAUCAGGCAGAAGAACGCCACUGCCCUCACAUACUGAGCCACCUUCUUUUUUCAAACAGGACAAAACGCUCUGGAAGUUGCAAAGGCUUAUGCUGACACCCGGCUGGUCCACUACAUUCAAGACACGCUGGACCGCAUGCCGAAGCCACCGGACAGCAAAGGGGACAAGCAGAAAGGGAAAAAGGGGGCCAAGCCAAAGGCACCGGCCAAAGCAGCCUCAGCAGCCUCAGGAGCCCCAACCACUCCAGCAACGCCUGCCACUCCCAAGGCAAAGAUGCCAGAUCCUGCAUCGAAAGAGUCUGUGAAAGAGGAGGUAAGGCGAUGCCAUGGUUCUGCACAAGAGAUUUCUUCAAUGGUGGGUUCUCCAGAUGUUGCUGGACUCAACUCUCGUCAUCCCCAGGCAGCUUGGCCAGGGGGUGAUGGGAGCAGAAGACCUCAACAGCUUGCAUGGUAGCCAGAAACAUCAUAGCCAGACACUGGAGAGACUUGUCUGGAGUAAGCAUGGAUGGACCAAUGGUAUCAAAUAGUGUGGGAAACAGCCUUAUUAGAAAAACUAACCCAUAAACUGAAGCUGACACAGGGACAAAUAGAAGAAGAUGCCUUCGGCCUGGUAUAGCUCCCCUUUAUCACAUACACAGCCCAACAAGACAACGACACGAAUCCGCCAACAACAUACAAAUCAAUCUGGCUAACCUGAUAAAAAAAUGCACACACACACACACACCCCACUCACACACAAAAACAAAUCUCACUACAGCCAAUCAAAGACAACCACCCACACCCUAGACCACCCCCAAGCUUUCUCACCACCAAGGAAACACAACUAGCGAAUAGUAAGAGAACCCACACAAGUGACGCUGGCACAAAACCCCACACGUACACUAAGUAGAAGCAUAGAAGCAUUGCCACCUGACCCCACCCCACCCCACCCCACGCCUCCCCCUCAUCCCCCCUUUUCUUCCUAACCUAACAUUGUAUGUAACACUAAUGUCUCACAACAAAUGAAACUGAUCUGUAGAAAGCACAACUUGAAAAAAGAGACAAUGCACAUAGUUUUGUAAACUAAGAAAUCUUUACUACAGGGGUAGGCAACUUAAGGCCCAGGGGCCGGAUCCGGCCCAAUUGCCUUCUCAAUCUGGCCCACAGACGGUCUGGGAAUCAGCGUGUUUUUACAUGAGUAGAAUGUGUGCUUUUAUUUAAAAUGCAUCUCUGGGUUAUUUGUGGGGCCUGCCUGGUGUUUUUACAUGUCAAAGAGAUGUCAAAGAGAACAACAACUACCAGACUUUUAGAAGACAUCUGAAGGCAGCCCUGUUUAGGGAAGCUUUUAAUGUUUAAUGUAUUACGGUAUUUUAAUAUUCUUUUGGAAGCCGCCCAGAGUGGCUUGGGAAGCCCAGCCAGAUGGGUGGAGUAUAAAUAAUAAAUUAUUAUUAUUAUUAUUAUUAUUAUUAUCAGUGCUCACAUUGCAAUGGGGGAGCAGCCUCCAUGACCCCCAUACCUACUGCGACAGCCCCCUGCUUUUGGAUUUUGACACAUAACGAGAAACUUGGGUUGCAAAAAGGCCUCUUCCGGCUAAUUGCGUGAGACAUUUACGACACACACAAACACUUGUGCAACUGAUGAUGUUCUGUGUUUAAGGUUCUACCGUCGUCGGAAACAAUCGCUGAGAAAUCUCUCUUCGAGGAGAAGAAAGAAUCCCUCAAGGAUAAUGUCGUCCAUCUGAAUUCACUGAUAACCAGAGGAGCCACAAGGAAAGUUAAUAUCACUUUCACACCACAGAGGGUAAGUAUGUCUGCAAAAUAAGACCAGCUCCCUCUGCUGAUCUUAACACCCGAGUGGGUCUCUGGGGAAGAAUGUGGUAGAAUGGCUUGUUUCUUAAGUGUUCCACUCAUCUGAGGGGGAGGAAAUGAUCACAAAGAGAUUCUGUUCUUGAAUAUUUCCCCUGUUGGGAGUUGUAGGGGACAGGAUUGUAUGUGAUGCUUCAGCUAUGCUGGAGUACUUCCGCUCCAUAAUUCUGAAUCCUUUACAGCUAGAUGUUGCUAACUUUAUUCCAGAGCCCAGCAGUACUGGGGAGGGGCUCAGUUUGCGAAACAAAAUAUCCAAUGCUUUUUUCUGGGGGGACGCAGGGGUACACAUACUCCUAAACAUUUUGUGUAUCUAAGUUUGGCCUCAUUGAGGGGCAGUAUUUCAAUAUGAGUAGGGAAAUGAGAGUACCCAUAAACAUUUUAUGGGGAGGGGACCACUGAAAAUAUCCUUCUGGAGAAGAAAGCUGCCUGGAAAAUAUAAAACUUGGGAAUAAGCGAGAUAGUAACUGGAGGUUGCCAAUCUUUCUGGGUACCAUAAACACACUAUGAUCAAGAACACACCAGAAACCUAUUCCAUAGGCUACAAAAGAAGACUUCUUUCAAUCCUAAAUUCAGCAUGGCGGGGGCAUGGGAGGGGGUGAUUAUAAAAUAUAUCAACCAUGCUUUUUUCCUUCCAUUAAGAAAUGUACAUAAGGAUAGCCCAUUUGCUGAAUCUUAAUUAUGAGAUCCUUUUCUCUUUCAAGACUUGGAGUCCAGAAGCGACGACCCAAGACCUUCUACGGAAGAGAGAGAUGCGCCGGCAGCGUUUUAGUUAUGAGGUGGACUUCGAUGACUUUAUGAUGCCCUUUAAGAGGAACUUUAUGGAGAAAGCCCGUUUGUUACAACAGGGUGCUAUUUUGCAUUAAUCAGUGUGGAAUUCCUGCAAGGAUAUCCAGGAAGGAAAGGAUCCAGUUCCGAAGAGGGCAAGAAUCAUGUUAUCCUGAACUGUGAUGGAAGUUUCGCUUUGUUCUUUAGUUAUGUAAUUUCAGUACAGGGCAUGCUCGAAGUAUUCAACCAGGAGGACCACUCUGUCUUGCAUUUGGGAAUGGAUUUGUUUUCAUUUAUUUAUUUUUUAACAACAAGUUGGAAGAUUAAUGUACAUUUCAGGAAAGUGGGAGUCCAGCUACCCUACUGCAUUGCAGUUGACUUUUUAUUACCCUCUCCCAGUCAUCCAGAUCUGAAACCAUCUCCUUGCUUAAAAAAUAGACUCUAUCCUGCUACAGAAACUUGAAACCAAUUAUUUCCAGGUGCUAUAAAUAUCCAUUGUACUGAG